AUGCGCGCGUGCACAACAAUGAUGAUCCAGGAGAAUAACGAGCGUCUGAAAAGCUUAAACAUUGAUCCAAUGAAUGUUCACCGACCCACCCGUGCUCUUGGUGAUUAUUUCCGGCGGAACUUGUACGAGGAGAAGGCGGAAUUCAUCGGAGCGACGAGUGAUCCAGUUAUAGCUGAACCUGAUCUCUACCAUUUCGAGAUCAACGAAACAUGGAAAUAUCUCAUUUUGAUGUCUGACGGUGUUCUGCAAAAUUUGAAUGAUUGUGGAGUCGAGGAUGUUGCCGCUGAAAUCCAGGAGAGACUACAGGUUGAUAUAAGCGUGCGUAGCACAGCUCAAGGCUUGAACGACUAUGCAGAACACGUUAGUAACCGACGAGAGGAAAUGACCGUUAUUUUCGUUCAACUGUGCGAUCAGAACAAAUUUGUCGACACGUUGAACUCUAGCUCAUGUUCCGACAGUUCUUUAGGAGUGUCACUGCCACCCAUUAACGCUGAUCCUCUCGUUCCUUACGUGGAUCUGAACGGCUUAAGUUGUGAGAGCCAAGCAGAAAUUGAGGUUUUAUUGACGAAAUGUGCUUUACCUAGUGGUGCGUCUUCUUGA